AGGGCAAUUGAUCUUUUAAUAUCAUCUCCCGGGAUUGCCUGUCUCUUGUUUAUCAAUCCGAAUAAAGAAACCCCCGGUCCCGGCCAGAAAUGUCGAGAUAAUGCAAAGGCUCUGGUCUCGCGCAGCUCCGGCGACGACCUGCCGUCAAGUCACCCAACCGAACGCCGCUGUGGUUGGUGUCACCCGAGGGGCAACAGCGGCAAGUAAACGACGACUUCGUUUCGCCAAUUCGUUCACCGCAUUCUACUCGAGCAUUUUCGCUGCCGCCGCUCUCGCCGAUGCGCAGGUCAAGGAUAAACGUCGGGUGGAGUGGGAGGAGAGGAUAGCCGCUGUGAAGGAGGAGGUCGAUGUGUUGGUGGGAGAGGAGCAGCGACUUAUAUCGGCGCUCGAGUCGCGGAAAGGGCGUCGGGUGGUUGGUGGGACGACAAUUCAAUCUCGACCGUACAGCACGACGGUUCCCCGCUUCAGCAUAGAUUUGGAUAAUGACCUGGACGAGCGUGAGUUGGUUAACAGGAGCCUUGCGGAAUUUGACAACCAGGACGAUGCUGCGGUACGACAACACGAAGCCGAAGAGGAACCCGAGGAGUUGAGGACCCCGAUUUGGCUUGCAGGCCCCUCGAUGAAAGAAAAGGCCAUCCGUGUUCUAGCAUUGAAGCAGCUUGCCAUUCGACUUAUGCUCCGCCCGACUCUUGCCCAUGACUACGAAGGUCUUCCGAUGAAGUAUGCCGGUGAUAACGAUGUGCCCCGCAUAAAGCCAACACGCCUUCUCACAGAGCUGAACAACCUGAGAAAGAGGAUAGACUUCCUGAGGGAGAAUGAAAACGUGAAUGUUGACGAUAUCAUGCACGCCUUUCGGGCAAAUCCGUAUCAUGUGGUGCGGCAGGAGAAAUUCAAACUUGACAAUGAGAUCGAACAGAUCACCAACAUAUACCUCUCAGGGCGGAUAUCUCUCCAGGAAUACUUGCUCCGGGUAGCGAGUAAUCUCACGCGAUCUAUCGAACCUGACCGGCCACGGGCAUUCAAGAUCAUGCUUUUGGCUUUCACGCAUACUCGACAGAAUGACCUGGGGCUCAUGGUUCUCCGCACACUGUUUCCGAAUCGAUUCCGACUUAGCUCGCCGUUGAUCAUCACGAUCUUGAAUUUCUAUCGGAAAACCAAGGACCUCCUCAACUUCGACCUUUUCUUGCAAAUGCUUAUAGGAGGAGGAUACCCGGUUAACUUGGGCAAAAUGCCCCAUUUCAGACACAAGGUGAUAAACGGAAUAGACCUGACUAUUCCGCCACUGGAUAGUUCAAAUCCAGUUCUUUACGCCGCCCUGAUCUCCGCAUGUCUCCGUUUCGACCAGCCUGAGAGAGCUGAUGCGUAUCUCCAGGCCGCGCGCUUGACCGGAUACAUGGAUGAUUACCACACCCUAUUCGCCUAUUUGAAAUUCUACGCGAUUCGGCAAGACUGGUGGAAUGGGGUGAACACGUUGAAACGAGCUAUUGCCUACAUGGGAUCCACAAGUGUUCACAUUGAGAAAUACGCAGAGAGAUUGAUAUUCUUGAUGGUGCAUUUGUGCGAUUCCUGCGAGAAGUCUGCUGUCUCCGAGGCUAUCAUCAAAGCUGCCGUCGACAGUGGUUUUGACCCGAAAUUGGGGGAGAGGCAACAGGAUAUCGAAGACGAGAUCGACCCUCUGUUUGAACGGUGGAUAGGUGCUUCGAUGAUGUCGGAAUCCGGUAACGAGGGUCUACCAAUUGGAGAGAAAUGCUUCUCCUUUUUACGCACCGCUGGAGAUGUUGUUAGCGACCUUGGCGAGUUCCCCGAAGAGCAGAGUCCCGCUCGGUUACGGCGAAAAUGGUCAGGACACUUUUCACAAUCUCUUCUGUCGUCUAUGCUUUCUGAAAAGCGUGCCGAAUAUAAUAGUCCCGCUGAAGACGGGUUCGCUUCCGAUGGUAUAGCAACACAAGCAGCGUCUGGGUCGGCUGCUGAACAGGGGAUCCCAGAGCUGGGCAGCCAGGUUACCGAGCCUUCAACACCUGGAAUCCUCAUCCAACAAGAGGAAGAUAUCUCACUCCUCCGACGCGACAUCAACCGCCUGGACCAAAGGCUCGACGACGCCAUCGAAGCCAAUAAAUUCCAAACCGAGACUAUGACAGCCCACAACGACGUGAUAAGCCUCAUGAAAGACGAACUUCGCGAGCUGAGAAAGGUCAGCAAGAUAACCAAAGAAUCCUACCAAGCCCACGAGAAGACCUCCACAAGGCAAGGCGAGGAGAUCCAGUCCCUGAAAUACGAAGUCUCAGAGCUGAAGGAGAGCCUCGCUUCUGAACGAGGCGCGUUGAACGAUGCAUUGCGCUCGCUCAAGACUGCGUUAAACGAACUACAUGAAGUUAAGAGCCAAGUCGCUGGGACCAAGCGGCGAACUUGAAGGCUAAGGCCGGAGCAAUC